UCCUCAAUCAUCCACUAUCUCAAAACAAAUAUCAGUUGCCAGACUGUCCAUGUUACAGACCUUUGCUCUUACUCUCAUCAUCAUUCAUUAAUUAUGCUCCAAUUAUUAACUCCUUCAAUUUCAACCCUUUUUUUGUUUCUCAUUAAUUUACAUGUCAACUGUAUUUAUUUAUUUUUGGUUGCUCAAGCUCAAGCUCAAGGGUGGGGUCAUAUAUGCUGCUAACUGCAUAUCUAUAAGUGGAUAGAUAGAUAGAUGUUGGAAUGAGCAGCAAAACAAAAAACAGUUAGUGAUGGAAGGUCCUCCUCGGUUUGUGGUGUUAUCGUUGGUUAUUAUUAUGUUGAGUAUUACCACAAGUACAUGCUCAGCUCAACUGACUCGUGGCUUCUACGGAAAAACAUGCCCAAAUGUUGAGCAGUUGGUACGCUCUGCCGUGGCGCAGAAGUUCCAGCAGACCUUUGUGACUGCUCCUGCCACUCUUCGACUCUUCUUCCAUGAUUGCUUUGUGCGGGGUUGUGAUGCUUCGAUUUUGCUUUCUUCUCCAAAUAACAAGGCAGAGAAGGAUAAUCCUGAUGACAUUUCACUUGCUGGGGACGGCUUUGACACUGUUAUUAAAGCCAAGGCAGCUGUUGAUAGCGAUCCUCAAUGCCGAAACAAAGUCUCCUGUGCUGAUAUACUCGCUCUGGCUACUAGGGAUGUUGUCAAUUUGGCAGGGGGGCCAUUUUAUAAUGUUGAAUUAGGAAGGCGUGAUGGGAGAUUAUCUACUAUUGCUAGUGUUCAACAUCAUCUUCCUCACCCUGAUUUCAACUUGAAUCAACUCAAUUCCAUGUUUAGCUUUAAUGGCCUCUCUCAGACAGAUAUGAUUGCAUUAUCAGGUGCACAUACAAUUGGGUUCUCUCAUUGCAACAGAUUCUCAGGACGAAUCUACAACUUUAGCCCCAGAAGAACAAUUGACCCAACACUAAAUUUGCAAUAUGCCUUCCAGCUUAGACAAAUGUGCCCUUUAAGAGUUGAUCCUAGAAUUGCCAUAAACAUGGACCCUGUCACGCCUCAAACGUUUGACAAUCAGUACUUCAAGAAUUUGCAGCAAGGAAAGGGUCUAUUCACUUCUGAUGAGGUGCUGUUUACAGAUGCAAGGUCAAAGGCCACAGUUAACUUAUUUGCAUCAAAUGAAGGAGCUUUUGAUAGUGCUUUUGUUCAGGCUAUUACCAAGAUGGGAAGGAUUGGUGUUAAAACUGGACAUCAAGGUGAAAUUAGGAUUGAUUGCACUCGGCCCAACUAGAAAUUUUUUCUGCACUACUGUGAUAUCGUCAUUCCUUUUUGGGGUUUAUAGUAGUUAUGUUCAUUUGAUAGUUCAUUAUUCUAUUAAUAAUUGAUGGAGUUCUUUGAGCCCCCAUGCUAUCAUCAUUCCCCUUUUGGGGUUUAUAUCAGUUAUGUAUAGUUGAUCGUUUUUAUUUAUAAUUGAAGGAGUUAUUUGAGCUGUAUUUGUAGUUUCAUGUUAUUAGA